GUCGCAAGGGCCGUCCUGCAAUUCUAAAAGGAUCUCUCCUCCAAGCUAACAUUCUCUCUAGGUUGGCCCCCACAGUCUUCGCGGGUCCGAAGGCAAUACGGUUUUCUCUCCUCACUUUGCCCCUCAUCGAAGGAAAAUCGAUCCUUCCUUCCUCUCUCUCUCUUUCUCUCUUUCUCUUUCUAAUCUGUCUCUGUUUCUCAUUAUUCUAACAAGCAAGAAAGAUUAUCUCAAGAACAGUCAAUACAUCGGCUUCAACAUGAUUCGUUGAUUUUAACAGCAAUAGAAAGAUGAUGACAUUGGACAUUCUUUCAAUUGGGUUUUUUCUUCUAUCGAGAAUAUGGAUCUGAAUUCCUGUUUUGACUCGGGUGUUUCUCAUUCAAUUCCAUCGUUGGAGAUUUAAUAAGAGUCCUGUUAAUAAAUUUUGCGGUUCCUUCUUCCACACACAACCCCAUUUACGUUUUGAAACAGCCGCAAAGAUGUCCAGUUUCGUGGGUGUUCGUCUGUCUGAUUCAUCGCUUCAGGGCCAGUUCACUCAGGUCGAGCUUCGUGGGCUGAAAUCCAAGUUUAUAUCGUUAAGGAGUCAAUCGGGUAAAGUGACCGUUGGAGAUUUGCCGCCUGUAAUGGCCAAAUUGAAGCUUGUUCAUAAAAUGUUCACUGAGGAGCAGAUCUCUGCUAUAUUGAGGGAGUCUUUUGAUAUGAACGAUGAGAUCGAUUUCGAAGCCUUCUUAAAGGCAUUUUUGAAUUUACAAUCCCGAGCUUCAGCCAAAUUGGGUAAGAAUUCGUCAUCAUUCCUCAAGGCCACGACCACCACCCUUCUCCACACAAUAAGCGAAUCAGAGAAGGCUUCUUAUGUUGUCCACGUCAAUACUUACCUUGGAGAUGAUCCAUUUCUGAAGAAUUUUCUUCCUAUGGAUCCAGCUACUAAUGAUCUAUUUAAUCUUGCGAAAGAUGGUGUUCUUCUCUGUAAGUUGAUAAAUAUUGCGGUGCCUGGGACAAUAGAUGAACGAGCUAUUAACACCAAGAGAGUACUGAAUCCUUGGGAAAGGAAUGAAAACCAUACCCUUUGCCUUAAUUCUGCAAAGGCUAUUGGCUGCACGGUGGUUAAUAUUGGAACACAGGACUUGGUUGAAGGAAGGCCGCAUCUUUUACUUGGGUUAAUUUCUCAAAUCAUAAAGAUCCAACUGUUAGCGGACCUCAACCUUAAGAAGACACCUCAACUGGUGGAAUUAGUGGAUGACAGCGACGAGGUGGAGGAGCUUAUGAGUUUGGCCCCUGAAAAAAUCUUACUACGUUGGAUGAACUUCCAUCUGAAAAAAGCAGGGUACAACAAACCUGUUACAAAUUUUUCUUCUGAUGUAAAGGAUGGAGAGGCUUAUGCUUACCUUCUUAAUGUUCUCGCCCCUGAGCAUUGUAGCCCUGGUACCUUGGAUACUAAGGAUCCAGCUGAAAGAGCAAAAUUGGUACUUGAGCAUGCAGAACGGAUGGACUGUAAAAGAUACCUAACACCAAAGGACAUUAAUGAAGGCUCAGCAAAUCUGAAUCUCACAUUUGUUGCACAGAUCUUCCAUCAUAGAAAUGGCCUGUCAGUGGAUGACAAAAAGAUCUCUUUUGCGGAGAUGAUGACGGAUGAUGUGCAAGUAUCUAGGGAAGAGAGAUGCUUCCGACUGUGGAUCAAUAGUCUUGGAAUUACUUCAUAUGUCAAUAAUGUGUUUGAGGAUGUCAGAAAUGGAUGGGUCCUUUUGGAAGUACUUGAUAAGGUGUCUCCAGGAUCAGUUAACUGGAAGCAGGCAACAAAACCUCCCAUUAAGAUGCCGUUCAGAAAAGUAGAGAAUUGCAAUCAAGUUAUUAGGAUCGGGAAACAAUUGAAAUUCUCCCUAGUCAAUGUAGCUGGAAAUGAUUUUGUACAAGGAAAUAAGAAGCUCACACUUGCAUUUUUAUGGCAGUUGAUGAGGUUUAAUAUGCUCCAACUCCUCAAAAACUUGAGAUUCCAUUCCCAAGGGAAGGAGAUUACAGAUGCUGAUAUCCUAAGUUGGGUAAAUAACAAGGUGAAGAAAACAGGCAGAACUUCUCAGAUGGAGAGCUUUAAGGAUAAGAACCUAUCAAAUGGAAUAUUCUUCCUUGAACUUCUUAGUGCUGUAGAGCCAAGGGUAGUCAACUGGAACCUUGUUACAAAGGGUGAAACUGAUGAAGAAAAGAAGUUGAAUGCCACAUAUAUAAUCAGUGUUGCACGAAAGCUUGGGUGCUCUAUUUUCCUAUUGCCUGAAGACAUCAUCGAGGUAAACCAAAAGAUGAUCCUCACUCUGACCGCCAGCAUCAUGUACUGGAGCCUACAAAAACCAGCAGAAGAAUCAAAUUCAUCCCCCGCCGAAACCUCUGCCUCAGACUCACCCCAAGCAUCUCUUGUGGAUGAAGUAAAUGGAGGGGUAUUAGCAGGUGAGAUCUCACAUAUGACCAUAGAUGAUGCGACUUCAGAUACUGCAUCCGUGGCAUCUUCGCAGCUUGAAAAUGACAUUGCUUCAAUCGAAGAAUGACCAAUGAAUUUUAAAUCAGAACGGCCUUUCUUUCUAAUUUCUAGAAGAUACAGAGAGAUGAAUAUUUUUUUGCAGUAAAAAAUGUUGGGUCCUCCUUUUUUUUUGUGGGAAGGGAUGCACAGGUAUUUUUUUGAGAGUACUUGUAAUUCUUAAUGAAAGUCUUGUAAAAUCAUUAUUCUUUAUUUGAGCAGUAUAUGGGUUCCUCCCCCUCCACCCCCACCCCCCUCUUUUUGUAAUUAGAAUUUGCAAUUGUGUAGGUGUAUUCUUUUGACAAAUUUUAUGUUCAUGGGGUUGAAUAGUGAGAGUAAUAAUACUGAGAACAAACUGCUCCCA